AUGGGGCGCUUGUCUUAUUUCUUGGGGAUUAAGGUUGACUACAACGACUCAGGAGUGUUGCUAACGCAACAGCACUAUGCAAUGGAGAUCAUUGAAAGAGCAGGUAUGAAGGAUUGCAAACCUCUUUCCCCAGUCGACGUGAACUCAAAACUCUCACUGGAAGAUGGCGAGUUAUUAAAGAACCCGACAGAAUACAGGAAACUUGCGGGAGCCUUGCAAUAUUUCACAUUGACAAGACCAGAUAUCACAUAUGCGGUUCAACAAAUUUGUUUAUUCAUGCAUGCUCCAAGACAAAGCCACUACAAUGCGCUAAAGAGAAUCAUACGAUACAUACAAGGUACAAAGAGUCAUGGAAUACAUAUUUACAAAUCGAAAAAAAACUCUGUCACUGCCUAUUCCGACGCGGAUUGGGCUGGAUGCCCUGAUACAAGGCGAUCAACGUCGGGUUACUGUAUGUACCUUAGCGAUAACCUCAUCUCUUGGUCGUCAAAGCGUCAACAGACAGUCCCCAGGUCAAGCGCUGAGGCAGAAAACAGGGGAGUUGCAAACGCAGUAGCUGAAACUUGCUGGAUACGGAACCUUCUUCUCGAGCUGCAUCUUCCGAUCAAGCAAGCAACCUUAGUCUUCUGCGAUAAAAUCAGUGCAGUCUACAUGUCUUCCAAUCCCGUCCAGCAUCAAAGAACCAAACAUGUUGAAAUCAGUCUCCAUUUUGUCCGAGAAAAAGUCGCACUUGGUCAGGUUAAGGUUCUUCAUGUCCCAACAGCCUUCCAAUAUGCUGAUAUUUUCACCAAAGGAUUGCCAUCGUCACUCUUCAUAUCCUUCAAGAACAGCUUAAACGUCAGAGACUCCGACAUUCGCACUGCAGGAGGGUGA